AUGCAUCGUGAUCUCAUUGCCUCCGUCAGCUCCGAAGCCGCCAAAGAACACGCAAGGAAGAUUCUCGACCAGCACGGCGCGAGCACCGAACCGUUGCCUCAGUCGCAGAAGAACCCAAACCCUGACCCCGAGCGGGUCAUUGCAGGGUACAAAACAACCCUCCACAACCCCCGCACCUCGGACGAAGCCAAAGAGAAAGCUGAGCGUGUCCUCGAGCAGGCUGGUGAAGACAUACAGUGA